UGAUAUUACACGAUUAGAAAAUUUGCCACACCCAUCGAAGAGGAAUUAGCAUCGACGCCACACCCAUCUUGGCGGAGAAGAUGAUCUUUCUCGGGUCGGAUCGACCCAUCUGCCAGGCAUUCAUGGCGUCGGAAGCGCUCCCAUAGCCUGACAACCUUCGAACAAAACUUCGAAGGAGGAGUCCGCGUUGCAUCUGGGCGACAAAAGCAAGAGCUUCUUAAACACUGCGGAAGCUUGCUAUAGUUUUCUUGUGCGGAAGAACAGGAAAGGUCUGCGAAAUUGGAGAAUAGGGGAGGGUAAGAGGGAGAAUUAAUUGAGCAAGAGAACCGCUGAUCGUGAAACGCUCCACUUUGCAGCGUAUUGUUUUUCAGCGGUUGGGACGAAAACGCCUUGCAAACACGCCAUCUGCCAAACACCUAAUAUUAGCGGUUUGACCGAUUAAAAACGCUAAUUUCAGUCAAAUCAGCCAAUUUUUGGCUGAAACGCCAUUUACCAAACGGGGCCAAUUUAGGUAGGAUUCACUGCUCCCAGUUAGAAACAGAUGACGCAACAUAGAAGACUCACCGACAAUGCAAGAGAGAUAGCACCACAAUUUAAUUGAAAAGCUAAAUCUCAUCAGUAUAGUUCAAUUUUUUUGAACGGGUCCAAAAAAACAAGAACAAAGCCAGCCGGACCGGCCAUGUGCAUCCUCAAGAUUCUCCGCUUCUCGUCUCGUAGUUCAAUCUUGUCUCCCUCCCCACCCUUUGCGUAUACCCAAAAGCAGAGCUAUGUUAAUGUGUACAUGAAGUGGAAGCAAGAUGUAUAUUUGGAAUCAAUUGAGUCGGUUCACAAAUCCAUUGAACUAAGGCCCAUAAUCGCCCUCAAAAACUACAUAGUUUCUGCCUCACCUCAAGAGUAUUCCAUCCCCAUUUCUUCCGUUUCCAAGAAGGGAUUACAGUUUGGAGUGCGCAUUAAGGUUGCCAGGUUCUUGAGACAAUACCCUUCUGUUUUCGAGGAGUUUACUGGCCCCAAACACCACCUUCCCUGGUUCAGACUGACCCAAAGAGCCAUUGAGAUCCACAAAGAGGAAAGAGAUGUUUACAGAGAAUUUAAGGAUGAUCUUGUAUUGAGGUUGAAGAAGUUGAUCUUGAUGAGUUGUGUUGGUUUCGGUGAGAAAAAGGUCCUUCCUUUGAAGAUUAUUCAGGGUAUGCAGUGGUAUCUGGGACUGCCUGAUGAAUUCUUGACAGAACCCGAAAAGAAUCUUGACGGAUUGUUUGAGGUUGUGGAAAUGGGAGAUGGUCUGAAAGGAUUGGCAUUAAACUGCAAUGGGAAUGAAAGGGUAUUGACUGUGCUGCAAAAGAAUGCAAUAAAAAGAGGUGAAGGAAAAGAAACCAUUUCGUUCCCCAUAUUUCCAUCUAAAGGACUGAGGUUGAGGAGAAAGAUUAUAGAUUGGUGGGAUGAGUUCCAGAAGCUUCCUUACGUUUCUCCUUACGAAAACUACUCAACAUCAUAUAUAAGGCCUGAUAGCGAUGAAGCCGAGAAGCGAGUGGUGGGAUUGCUUCAUGAAUUGCUAUGCUUGUUUGUGGAGCAUUCUGCUGAAAGGAGAAAGCUUUUGUGUCUAAGGAAAUACUUGGGUCUCCCACAGAAGGUUCACAAGGCGUUUGAGAGACACACUCACAUUUUCUAUCUGUCUUUGAAGAACAAAACGUGCACGGCAAUACUAAAGGAGGCUUACUGUGACAAAGGGGCUAUAGAGGCACAUCCUCUAGCAAAGGUGAGGAAGAAGUACAUCGGGUUGGUGAAAAAAUCUGCCUUUAUUUUGAAAACUAGAAGGUUUAACAAGACGGCACAUAAUGGGAGUGUGAGUGUAAAUCAAAUAGAUUGCGCAGAUGAUGAUGAGAUUGAGAAGACUGAAAGUUUUGAAGCUCCAGUCUGAAACUGAAGCUUCUUCGCUAGUGAAUUUACAAGAUAGAAGUUAGUUAUUGUGCAAAAGUGUUCACCAGAACUCGUAGACAAUUCAGAUGCACGGAAGGCAACAUUCUAUUAUUCCAUGUUCUCAAUCAGUGAAAUGUGCGCUUGGAGACCUUAACUCUAGUAUUGCCCGCAGCCCCGCAGACAAGAAAAACACUCACGGAUGACAAUCAAAGCUAUAGACUCUUUGGCUCAGUGGAGGAGUGAUUAUAUAUUAUGUUUAGGAAGCUAUUGAAUAGAUUUUAUUUGUAGUAGCGUUUAGUACUUGUGCAUAAUUUACUUGGAUAUUGUGAUAUUUUAUUGGCAUUGAAGUUUGAGAAUGUUUCUAUUUUAAAGAUAAAUAAAAAGCUGGCUUGGUGUUUUUAUUAUUUAUCAAUAUUUACAU